AUGAACGAAGACUCCUAUGAUGACAAAAUAGCAUCGUUCAUAACUCCAACGCCCUCACCAACACCUGACAUUUUAAUGGACCCAUAUUUUAAAAGUAUUAAAGAAGUCCCCGAGUGUGUGAGUCCGUACGAGCAACAUGUGUCGAGUAUGAAUCGGCCUGCGUCCGAUAAAGACCGAAUUGCCUAUGUCAACAAAUUGGUCUGCGAGAUGAAGGCACAGUUCAGCGUCGACGAGAAAGUUGUUAUUUAUGCGUUGUACGCGUGCAGUGGCGACGUCGAUUUAACACGGAGAUUCUUUUCGGAUGGGAAAGUCAUUCCGUGGACUUGUGAGGAGGAUCAAAUUCUUGCGAGCAACGAGACGGAAAAAAUUUUGCAAAUUAUCAUGAACAGAGGGAAGAUCGAGACGGAGAAGCGUUGCCACUUCCUGUCGUGUAGUGGAGGAAUUACUGAAUUGUUGAAAAUGAAAUAUUAG